AUGACCAGCCCAGCCACCAAGAUCCUCUUCGUCACCGGCAACGCCAACAAGCUCAAGGAGGUACGCUCCAUCCUCGCCGCCGGAACCUCCACGUCUACGAUCGAAUUGGAUUCCAAAGCUUUGGACUUGCCCGAGAUCCAAGGCACGACGAGAGAGGUGGCGAGUGCCAAAGUCAAGGCAGCUGCGGAGAUCAUUGGAGGACCUUGUAUCACUGAGGUGAGUUGGAGUCUGCUGGCGGGUCGCGCUGUAGGCUGAGCUGAUCUGAGCUGGGAGUCAUUCUGAUUGGCAUUGUGGGAUCUAGGACACUGCUUUGGCUUUCACGGCGUUGAAAGGUCUUCCGGGGCCUUACAUCAAGCACUUUCUAGACUCGCUAGGCCACGACGGUACGCCUUUCACGCCCAUCCCCUACCUCUCCUCCCCCACCUCACCCUAACCCCUUCUCCUCCUCCCUUCCAACAGGUCUCAACAAGAUGCUCGUCGGUUUCUCCGACAAGUCAGCCACGGCGAUUUGUACAUUCGCCUACUCUGCCGGUCCAGGAUCGGAACCUUUGUUGUUCGAGGGAAAGACGGAGGGGAAGAUUGUCGAGGCGAGGGGUCCGACUCAUUUUGGGUGGGAUCCGAUAUUUGAGGCGCACGAGUCGGGACUGACGUAAGUGACGAGAUUGAGGUUGAACAGGCUUAAUUGAAGAGGAUGAGGUUACUGAUCAUCAUCUUUGGGUUUGACUCAGGUACGCCGAGAUGGACGGGCAAGCGAAGAACAAGAUCUCGCACCGGUAUCGAGCCUUGGACAAGUUGAGGACCUACCUCUUGGCCCAACAACAGUCAUAG